AUGCCCAAGUCAAAACCUAAAGAUUUUGCCAAAAAGAAAAGUGUCAUUGGGCAAAAAAAUGCUCCUAAAUCGCAAACACCUAUAGUUAAGUCUAAAGUACUUAAAAUGAGAGACCAAGCUAUCGCAGAUGCCUCAAAUGAAAUUAGUGAAGCACUUCGUGGUAUUCAAUUACCAUCUGAGAAAUCACGAGUGAAUUGUUUAAAACUAUUUCAAAGGCAUAUUAAAUCAUAUAGUGACCUCCAUCCAACUAUUAUAACAAAGAUAAUCUCUUCAUCAUUUCCUUUAAUCACUGAUUUGUCUCCAUUAGUUAGAGACGCUGCAAUGAAAUUUGUUUUAACAUAUAUCGAUAUAUUUGGUACAAAAGGAACAAAGCUAUCAAGAAAGUAUAGUGAUUUAUUAUUUACUCAAUUAGAACUUGGUUUAAGUCAUUCAUGGUCAUCUAUACGAGUUGAAAUUCUUCAAUUUAUCGAGAAAGUAUUAACUAAAGGAAUUACUGUUCUUUACAACAAAGAAGAAGCGUUAAUGAAUUGUUUAUUAAAAUACUCUGAAAAUGCCCUUAAAUCUGUAACUGAUUUUACAAUGAAAGACGUUGCUUUAGAGUGUUAUAAUAGAUUAAAAAUUGCUUAUGAAAAAAGAAAGCUUGAAGAAUUUGAAACAGCCAAAAUUAAAACAGUUGAAAUGAAAUUUGAAGAAAACCAAUGGUGUGGUGUUGUGUUUGAUGACACUACUUUUAACCGUACAUUUGUUAAUGAAUGGGUUCUUUAA